AUGGAAAUAAAAUAUUUUGUUUUUAUUGUAAUACUUUCAUUGAGAGUAUCAAGUUCAAAGAGUGAAGAAUUUCUUAUUCCGGAUUCGAUAACACCAGAAAGUUAUCUUUUGAUAAUAACAACGAAUGUUCCAAAUGCCGCGACAAGAUUUUCAGGAGUUUUAAGUUUAAAGCUUUUAGUUGUUGAAGACACAAAUCAGAUUUAUCUUCACAGUCGAGGACAUACAAUAAAUAGUUUUGAUCUAUUUGAGAAUUUCAAUCCAAUUUCCGGUUUAUUGUUUUCGAGAAUUGACGAAAAUGUUAUAAACUUUUCCUCAGAAGUUACCCUUGAAGCUGGCCAUAGCUACGAUUUGUUGCUUCAAUACCAAGGAAAUUUAUUGCUAUCUUCAAACGGCUUCUUCCGUUCUGAUUAUGUCGAAAGAGUGGAAGGAAACGAUGUUUACACAAGGCAAGCUGCUACGCAAUUCAAACCAGAUUCAGCACGUCAUGCUUUUCCAUGUUUUGAUACCUUAGAGAAUCAACACAGAGCGGCUUUCGAAGUCAUCAUUAAUCAUGACUCAACAUACCAUGCUUUGUCAAAUACGUUGAGCUUCGAUAAAUCAUUACAGGGUUCUCGUAUGCAAACCAUAUUCUAUCAGACGCCAUUAAUUUCUCCAUGUUCUUUGGCUUUCUUCAUAUCAGGCUUUAGUAGCAUAGAAGAAGAAAGUUCCAAUGGCAUAAAACUUAUCGUUUCUGUCAGAGAAAGAGAAAAGGAGAACACAAAAAAGCUUUUGGAUAUUAUGGAUUCAACUCUCAAAGCUGUUGAAUCUUUUAUGGGAUUGAAUCUGAGUAGCUUGAAUCUGAAAACUUUACACUCAGUUGUACUUCCAAAUUUUGAUAAGGAAGUUGAAUCUUUUUACGCUUUCAACUAUUAUCGUGAAGAUGUCAUUCUCUUUAAUCCGCUUAUAUCAGCUGACAUCAAAACUUUCACUAUAUCAAAAUACGUGACUAAUUCCAUAGUGUCACAGUUUCUUGGAAAUAUUGUUUCUGUUGAUUCUCAAAGUGACGUUUGGAUUUUCAAUGGGCUCAUAACGUUCUUGGAGUAUCUCAUAAAUAUUUCCGACUUUGAAUCAAAUGAAAUGUUCAUUAGCGAAGUACUUCAUCCAACACUAGACUCUUCCUUCUCUGUCUUCAAUGCACUCAACGUGGAAAAUGCGGAAAAAGUUGCUUGCACUUUCCGAAUGAUUUAUUAUGCAAUUGGGAGCGAAGCUUUUUCACAAACACUUCGAAGCUUUAUACAGAUAAACAUCUUUAAAUCGACCAACGCGGAAGAGUUCUUUAAAGCUCUACAACAACAUGCUGAACUUGAAGUCAGUCUUGUUGAUGUCAUUGCAGGAUUUGUUGAGAUGGAAACCAAAGUAAUUCUUAAUGUUCAUCAUUAUGAGAAGAACGUUUUGAAAGUUAUGAAGGAACCAAUUUUGUUGCCAUUUAAUUACAUGACAUCUUCAAUGGCAUCACCAAGUGAUAUCAAGUGGUUGAACAACACAAACGUUGAAGAAUAUCUGAUUAUUGAUUCGUUAGAGAGUGAUGACUGGUUUCUCCUUAAUAUUGAUCAAUUUGCCUUUUAUCGAGUCAAUUACAAUGCCGAUAAUUGGAUUGCGAUAAUUAAUGCUUUAAGACAUAAUUCACAAGUCUUUAGUGCUGUAACGAGAGCGCAAUUGAUUGAUGAUGCCUUUCACAUGGCCAAAGAAAAUUUACUUCCCUAUGGAAUUGCUCUCGAUUUGAUGAUGGAGCUGAAGAACGAGACUUCAUUUUUACCAUGGAAUGCAGCAAUUAAAAAUCUUCUUCACUUGAACGAUAUCUUGGUUGAGACAGAUUUCCAUGGUGAAUUUCAAGAUUUAAUGCUUUAUCUGAUUGAAGGCUACAUGACUCUUAUUGGAAUCGAUGAGCUAUCCACAGACUCUGGAAUGGAUAAGUUUUCAAGGAUACAAAUGAUCGAUUUCAUUUGUCGUAUGAAGUCAGAAGAUUGUUUAAACCAAAUGCAGAGGAAACUGAAAUCCCAUAUCGACGAUAAAGAAAAAUUGCCUGUCAACUUAGAAUCGUCUGCUUUUUGUUACGGAUUAAUGGCGUCAGCAUUUUCAGAUGAAGGCUCUCGACUCAUUGUUGAAUUGUGGAAUGAAUUGCAAGCAUCUGACAACACAGAAUAUCGAUUGCGUAUCAUCAACUCUUUAGGAUGUUACGGUGAUGUAAAAGUUUUGUUUGACUUGCUUGAAACAAUUUUAGCUUCGACGGGAGAAGCUCGAUAUUACGGAACUGAAAGUUUUGCACUCAUACAUGCUGUUUAUUCAACCACAAUACAAGGUGUUGAAGCAACAUUGAACUUCCUGAUUGAAUUUCAAAAUGAUGCCGUGAGACGUUCACAAAAACCUGAUUUAAUUGAAGUUCUCCUUCAUUCACUUCCACAGAAAAUCUUCAACGAAAGGCUUUUUGAUAAGUUUAAUUCAACAAUGGGGAUAUUUAAUGUCAGUGAACACCAAUUAAAUGAAGCGGCUACGAUCAUUCAAAAGAACAUUGCUUGGUAUGAGAGUCAACAAGAAAUGGAAAUCAGAAAUUGGUUUGGAAAAACUUCUGAAGUAACCUUAAGCACUGAGGGCACGACCGUUAACACAAGCGGAAAUAAAAUUCGAUCACUUUCUCAAGUUUUAGCAAUUUUGUGUUCAUUGAUAUAUGUUUUCACUAGAUGAAUGUUAAAUUUUAUGUAUCAAAGAAUGAAUGUUAACGCUUUGUUAAUUUUUCCAACAGAUUCUAACUUCCCAUAACAUUGUAUAAAAUAACUAAAUACAUAUUUCCAAAAAUAAAAAUAUAUAAAAGUGCUCAAAGAA